UAAAAACCUCAUCAGAAUCUAAGAAUUGCGAUUGAUUUAAUGAGAAUUUUGUUUUUCUUUGAUGGCGGCAAAUUAAAGUUUAAGAAAAAUUUAACAUUUCAUUGGAUUUAAAUGUCAGAACUUUUUUCUAAUAAUCAAAAAAAUUAUGAUUGUUUCAUAAAGAAUUAAAUAUUGCGAGGUUUUUGGUUCGUUCGGUUUUGAGGGAAUUUCUAUGCGAAUUGGUUUGUUCUCUCUUUGGUUUUCUUUUGUACAUUUUAUACGAUUUACGAACUUUCGAUCUACCCUGAACUCUAGUAGAUGGAGUUGGUGAUGGAACUGAGAAUGGAAACCGAUGAAAGAGGAGAGAGUGAGAAGAAUCCGGAUGAAGAUGUGAUAAAACUUUUUCUCUUUUUGAGUAGAACCUUUUUCAAUGGUCUUUGAGAAUAAAGUUAAGAGUUUGAGAGAAUAAAGUUAAUUACUAUUGAACAGUUUCAAUCAUUUUGGAUUAUUCUACCCGAAUAAAUUUGUUCUUUUCGGUUUUUUUUUCUCGGACAAUUAUCACUCUCAUCAUUCUAUAUCGUCUCUCUUUCUCUCAUCUUUCUGUGUUUACCUCAUCAUAUUAACUUGUUAACUUCCAAAUGGCUUAUCGACAUUUCUGUGUAACUUCAUCAUCUUUAUCAUUUUCUCUUGCUUUCUUACUUCAAUUUUCUCGGACAAUAUAUUCAAACACCGAAGAUAUGUUCCAAGAUGAACCUCAUCAAUUCAGUUCACCUGGAAUCCAAAUUAAGACCAUCAAUCAAUUUGAUGAUGUUACAGUGCUUAAUCAAUUCUCAACAUCGUCUGGGUCAAGAGUUGACCUUCCAUGUGACCUUACAAUUCCUUCAGCUGAAGAUUCGAUAACUUUAAUACUUUGGUAUAAAAAUGAUCGUAAAAGUCCACCAAUAUACAGUGUGGAUGCCAGAAAUUCACCAGUGGAAAAAGCUUCACAUUUUACCUCAGAUGAGUUUAAAAAUAGAGCAAAAUUUAACCUCUCCGUCCGUCCUGGUUUACUGUCCAUUGAUCCAGUUAAACAAGAUGAUACUGGACUGUAUUUAUGCCGAGUUGACUUUAAAUGGGCUCGAACUAUUAACACACUAAACAAUUUAACGAUAAUCGAACCAGCACCAAUAUUAGAUUCAUGUAGCAUAAGCAAUCAGACAACACAAUCAUUUCAAAUUGAUUGUUACUUUCAUCGUACAACAAUUAACUCUGAUAAAGAUUAUCAUUUCAACAAUAAUAAUAGUAAUUAUAGUUUAUCAUCAUCAUCAUCGUCAGGUAAUUCUGAUGAAUCGUUGCCUUUAACAAAUGAUAGAUCAACUCAAUCAUCUUCAUCUUCAUCACAUAAUAAUAAACUUAAUUAUCACCUUGAAGUUUAUACACCAGAAAAGGAUAAACUUAUCUACAAUUUAACUAAUCAAGUUUCCAGGUUUACAGUUAAUGGCCUUGAACCAGGUAAAUCUUACCUGAUAUAUGUAUACACAGCUAAUCAAUUUGCAACAAGUUCACCAACAAUCAUCCGAACCCGAACCUUGUUAAUUAAAAAAUCAGAUCCGGUUUUACCAUUGGAAUCAUGUGAGAUUGUCAAUGUCACCUUGUCUUCAUUUAAUGUUACCUGUUCAGUUAAAGGUGAACAAGAAUUGAAAGAUGAUUCAAAUUCAUCAUCAUCAUCAUCAUCUUCUUUUGGUGAUCAGCAUCAUUUUCAUGACCAUAAUCAUGAAUUGACAGUUAGUGAUAAUCAGAAUCUUAAAAGUAUCAACAGUCAACAUGUUCCACUUGUUAAUAGAUCAACUAAUCGUUUCCAUGCCGAAAUUUUCAACGAUAAAACUAAACGAUUAACCGAUAAUCUUACAAAUAGUUUACCUUUUUUCACGGUAAGUGGCCUUCAACCUGGUAACUCGUAUACACUUUAUGCAUACUCGUCAAAUUUGGUCAGUAAAAGUUUACCUUUGGUGGUAAAAGUUGACCUGCCUUUUAACCAAACACCAACUGAGCCUGUCUUAGAACCCAUCAUUCCAUUGGAAUCGUGCGUCAUAAGCAAUCAAACGGUUGAUUCAUUUCUCAUUGAAUGUUCAGUACAACAGUUAACCAGAUUAAAUAUGAAUGUUACUUCACAAUCCUCUGGAUCAAAUUCACCUUCUUUGCCUGGUUAUCCAUCAUCAUCAUCAUCAUCAUCACCUUCAUCUUUGUUAUUAUUACCCUCACGUUCAUCACCAUCAACCUUUAACAACAACAAUAAUAAUACCAACUCUUUGUUAGCCUUUUCUAAUCAUACUCAUCAUCAUCUGAUGAUAAAGAUGCUAAAUUAUCAUGUUCAAGUUUAUAAUUCAGAAAAAAGUGAACUAAUUCAUAAUUUAACAAAUUCGCGGGCAAAAUUUUUUAUUACCAAUUUAAAACCAGCAACAUCUUAUUUGGUUUAUGCAUUUACCUCAUAUUUACAUAGGAAAAGUGAUCCAAUUAAAUUACAUGUAAAGACUGCUAAUAAUAAUGCUCAACAAUUUGAGUCAACAAUCAAAAAUAACAAUAAUGAUAAUCCAGUUAAUCAUCGUGAUAAUAAACAAGAUGUUCCUUCGGUGCCUUUACAAUCAUGUAGGAUUACUAAUCAAACAUGGGGCUCAUUUAUAGUUGAAUGUAUUCCUGGUUCAUCAUCAUCAUCGCCAUCAUCUUAUGCCGGAUUACAAGAUAAUCAUUAUCAGAAUCCAAAUUAUCAUUCUCAGUCUGACAACAAUCAUUAUCAUCUACCAUCAAACCAGAAUCAUGAUCCAUCUGCAAGAAUAACAGUAACUAAUACAUGGCCUAAUGUUUCAAUAUCUUCAUCACCAUCACCAGUUAAAUCGGGAAACUUGGGCUCAGCAAAUGAUAAUCAUGACAACAAUAAUGAUAGUGAUAAAGAUAAUGAUGAUUCCUUUGAUAAUCUAUCAAGUUCUAGUGAAAAUGCCUUAAGCCCAGAUAACGUUAGUUAUAAUUAUGUUAAAGAUAUUUAUCAUCUUGAAGUGAUUAAUCCAGAAAGAGAUAAGGUUUUAUAUAAUAUGACCAAUUCUAGUCCCCUUUUUGCCGUCAGUGGCCUUGAACCAAGUACGUCCUACACUCUUUACAUAUACUCUUCAAAUAAAUUUGGUGGACGAAGUUCAUCUUUAAUACUCAAAUCUGGAACAUUGACCAUGAUGAACAGAAAACAAGAUUACACCCAAGGUUCUGUGGAAAUAUUUGACUCUCGAGUUUUGAUUCUAGUUCUUGGAUUGAGCUGCCUUCUCCUGUUAAUUGCUCUAAUGAUUUUAAUUAUUCUAAAAAUACGUAAAAGAGACUCAAUGAUUUCAAUUCGUAAUAAGAAUCGCAUGGAAAUCUCAUCAUCAUCGUCAACAGAAAAUCAGCUCAAUCUUCAUCAUCAUAAUAACCCAAAAGGUUCAACCAUUUCCGAUGGAUUGACAACACUCACACCAACAUCAGAAUACAGUUACGGUCAACCAGGUCAACACACUCUCGAUUUUGAUAGAAAACCAUUUGGUCAACCACAACAACUACCACAAUCCCACCCUCACCAUCAACAGCACCAACAACCUCACCAACCAAAAUGGAUCCUUGUAAAUUCAAAUCCAACCAAUCCCGAUGUUAUACCAACAAAGGCCAAUCUACCCCAAGGAAAUUCUGGAAAUUGCUCAAAUCUAAGUGUAAAUAACCGACUACUCGAUGGAUGCCCAAUAAGUCCACCUUUAUCAGGAACUUUGAUUCGUGGUGUUGCCUCGAUAAAAGUUGAUCCCAAUGUGCUCAAUGGCGCUUACAACGUACCUCAUGUCCGAUUGAUAACCAAUAAUAACAAUAACAACAAUAACAACAUCAAUUCCAACAACAAUAUAAACAACAAUCUAAAUAAUGUCAACAAUAAUUUAAGAUCUCAAUCACAAAUGAUACUUUCCACCUCACCGAUUACAAGAUCACCUGAACUAUCAAUAUUUUCCGAGGAAACGUUCGAUGAGCCGAAAAUCGUUUCGUUUUCAACGGCAGUUUGACAUAUUUCAUAGAAUCUGGUUCAAUGAAUUCUCGAUCAUCUUCAUCAUCAUCAUGAUUAUUCCUAGACUUUCAUUUCACCAGUCAAUUCAUUCAACUUGAAUGGUUACCAGCAAUUUUGGGCUAAACUGAUUUCCAUCAUCAUGAAAAGAUAUAUUUAUAA